CUUCGCGUUUACUGGAAGUGUGUCUAUGACUAUUCGUAUAUUGGAACCGACAGAUUUUUUGAAAGUUCAUAUGGUCUCAAUUAAGCUUGAUUCGGUGAAGUUGACUUUGGAGGACGGCAAAGUCAUGAAGGAUCUUAGUCAUACUUAUGAUCCGAAAUUCAACAUUGCCACUAUCAACUUGGGUAAUAUGGUUCGCCCUCAAACGGUUAUCCUAUCGCUUGAUUAUACGGGUGAAAUAAACGAUAAAAUGCGUGGGUUCUAUAGAAGUAGCUAUAAGGACGAGAACAAUCAAGAGAAAUUCCUCGCAUCUACUCAGUUUGAGUCCACUUAUGCUCGUUAUGCUUUCCCUUGUUUCGAUGAGCCUAUAUACAAAGCAACAUUUGAUAUUUCUAUUGUUGCUGAUCCUGGCAUGUCCGCCAUUUCCAAUAUGCCUGCGGUUUCUACAACUCCAUGCGAUUUCAAAGGAGUUAAGAAAGUUUGGAUAAAAUUUGACCGCACUCCUCAGAUGUCAUCGUAUUUAGUGGCAUUCGUUGUUGGAGAGCUCGAAUACAUACAGACUUGUUCCAAAAGUGGUACUAUUAUAAGAGUGUUUACGGUCCCUGGAAAGAGAAGCCAAGGCAUAUAUUCUCUGGAUUUGGCAGCUAAAGCUAUUGAUUGGUAUAAUGACUGGUUUGGAAUAGACUACCCUCUACCGAAGUGUGAUCUCAUUGCUAUACCUGACUUCAGCAUGGCAAUCUGUCUUUCAGGGGCUAUGGAGAAUUGGGGACUGGUUACAUACCGUGAGGUCGCCCUCUUAGUAGAUCCAGCCAAGUCGUCGACACGACAGAAAUCGCGUGUCGCUCUUGUCGUGGCCCAUGAGCUUGCUCAUUUCUGGUUUGGCAACCUUGUUACCAUGGUGGGUACG